AUGCCACGCCACAACACGCUGGCGGCUAUCGAGGCGCGGCAGCGGCGGGAGGUUGAGCAGCGCAUGUACAACGAAGUGCGCGCGGAGGACAGUCGGCUGCGGCUCGCGGCCAACUGGGAGAUGCGCAGCGAGGGCGUCGUGCAACGCAAGCAGUUGAUGCGCCACCUGGAACGCGUGCAGGCGCAGCACAACGACACGCUCGUUGCCCGGCGCCGCCGGCUCGCCGAUUUGCUGCUGCGUGAACGCGACGAGCACGAGGCGAUGCUCAGCAACCUCGCCGAGACAGAGGAGCAGCGGCGCGAGCGGCUCCUCCAGAAGGCGCGCGAGCUGCGGGCGCAGC